AUGGCUAUCAAUACGCAGGCCAGACCUACCAUCACACCCUCGAGAAGUGAGACAGCCCGACGUGCACAACAAUGGGCAUAUCAAGCUACUGCCCCCCAUUCUGGUUCUUUUAAUGGCGGUCCUUCUGAGUCCUACGUCAGUUUCAAGAAUGACAUGUUCCGCAUGAAGCUGGUCCACAACUUCGAUACGAUGGCUUUCUAUUACUAUACUCUCCGCUACCUGGGUGGGGUCGCCUUGCGUGAGGUACAGAAAGUUCUCGCGAUACCAACAGACGCCUGCUCUCUCCCAGUUGACCGUAUCUGGGAGCGUCUGGACGCACUCUACUUGAACUCCACUGCAAUUCGUACUGUCAUCACAACCUACUCUGAACAACGUCAAGGACCUUCUGAGCCUAUCGACGACUUCCUCACGAGGUUCGAAUACACUCUCAUCGACUAUGAAGCGACUGUUGGUGUAGACCUCACUGAUGACCAGAAGAUAG